AUGUCUAACGAGGUAGCAUUUAACAGUCUCGAAAAAGAUGAUGUGAAAAUUGCCUUCGAUGACUCUCCUCAUGCCCCUUUGAAGCCGACUGAAAAAGAAAUUGCCGCUCACAGAAAAACACGCUUGAUCCUCGUGGCAUUGUUCGGUGUUGUCGUUCUAGUGCUAGUCGUCGUGGCUAUAGUUAUUAUAGCAGUGUCUCCUCGUUGUUCACCUAAAACGACUCCAGCUCCCGGCAAGGCAAACAAAACGGACGACGAUUCGUGGUGGAAGCACGCGGUCAUUUACCAACUUUACCCUCGAUCUUUCUUUGACAACAGCGGUGAUGGAAAUGGCGACUUGAAGGGGAUUUCUAGCAAGUUAGAUUACUUUGCUGAGCUGGGAGUUAAUGCUCUGUUGUUAAACCCGAUCUACAAGUCCAACGGAGGCUACGAUGUUGAAAACUACACAAGUAUCGACACGUUGUUCGGAAACAUGGACGAUUUUGAAAAUCUUCUGAAGGACGCUAAAGAGAAAGGGCUGAAAAUCAUCAUGGAUUUCGUUCCCAAUCACACUUCAAAGAAACAUCCUUGGUUUGAGGAAAGCAAGAGAAGCAAAACAGAUCCAAAGAGAGAUUGGUAUAUUUGGCGUAACGGAACAGGAGAGAACAAAACAGAACCCCCAAACAACUGGCUCAGUGUAUCUGGCGGCAGCGCCUGGACAUACGACAGCACUAGCGAGCAAUUUUACCUUCACCAGUUUAAAGAAGAGCAACCAGACUUGAAUCUGAGAAACCAAGAAGUGAAAGAUGAACUGAAGAAGGCGAUGAAGUUUUGGCUUGAUAAAGGGGUCGAUGGCUUCCGAUUCGACUCCGUGCAGUAUUACGCGGAAAACGAUACAUUUGAAGACGAACCCACACUAGCGGGUUACAACGCCUCAAAUCCCUUGUACGACUUUCUGGAUCAUAAAUUCACUUUCGGUAAUUAAAUUCAUACAGUUUAUUCUUCCCUGACUUAGUAAUACUGAUGACAUUUUCUAUCGUAGGAGAGUUCAUAUAAAAUCGAUAUACAUGCCAUUGAUUUCAUAGUCCUUCUGCGCUCCCCCUGCCCCCCCCUCCUACCUCACCCCACCUUAGAUGAGGUAUUUAGGAAACUUCACGCGGCUAGUAGGAAUGUGCAGUAUUUUUCCAAGUCCACUUGAAAUCUGCACUGUUUUGUAUCCUUACAGUAGCAGUCUGCUUUUAGACAAAUGGGUGGUUCCAGAAGGCUACUUGGAAUUCCUAAAUGGGUGGGGGGAGGGGCUGGUGGACUGAAAGGCAUAAGGGGGGUGGGGGGGGAGGUCCAGACCUCCAUAAGGGAACUACAGUUUUGUAACUCAAGCCCCAGCUUAAACAAAGCACCAGAGGGACCAGUGUUAUGUACUGCAUGAUUAAUAUUUUAGAAAAAUCUUUGUGGCUUACCAUCUAUUAUAAAUAAAAGCGCAAUUUUCUUUAUCUUAUUUGGAACUCUUGUCAGGUUUGCAAAUGCUUGGAAAGAAUCAGUAUUCAAAACUUCCACCAGUCUCUUGCUGCCAAUAGUUUUGUUUGCUGUUAGACAGUGUAAAUUCCAAUGACAUCCGUGUGGUUGUAGUCUGUAAUUGUUUUCAAAAUUGCAAAUCUCCCCACCUAUUUUUGUCAAACGUAAAUUAAAACAUUCCCUCCCCACGGGAAUAAAUGUAGAAUCUAGUCCAUCUCUGUUAUAUUCUGGGGUAUAUUCGGAUGAUAGUUGCAUUGACAUAAGUAAAAGUGGCUGGUUGCAAGCCGUAGGAUUUCAAAUGCAAUUUCAUGACCAAAGAUCAUGGGAAAACAUCUGUAACCAUUUUUUGGUCGUGUUAAAAUUUAUGGGAACCCACCUUAAUUUUUGUAAGUCAUAUAUUCUUUUUCUUGGCACUGGAAACCUUAAACCAGUAACAUGCAGUAAUGAUACAGUACCAGAAAUUUUGCAUUUUCCUGCUUGUUUCAGGUCUUGAUGAGGAUCUUACAAUCCUGCAGGAGUUCAUUGAUUCUCUGAAAAGCGAUGGAAGUAAUCCCCCCCUGAUUGCUGAAGUGAGCGGUGAUUACAACAAAACAUCACUUUAUUUUGACAAGGUACAGAUGCCAGAAAACCUGGGCUUGAUCUCCAUGGUAAAACGCACUGGCAUGACCCUGUCUCAGGGAAUCUUUCACACUAUUAGUGAAUACAUGAGUGCUCUCCCGAAAGGCAAGAUUCCAAACUGGGUCAUUGGUAACCUUGAUGAAGUUCGUGUUGGGAGCCGUGACAAUGUGGGUAGUGAUAACCGGAAUGCAAUGAAUGCCCUUUUACUCACCCUUCCAGGGGCUGUUAUGUCAUAUUAUGGUGAAGAGAUUGGCAUGCUGGAUGGCAGCAAAUCCAGCGCAGAUAGUCAGAGAACUCCAAUGCAGUGGGAUAACUCAGACAAAGCUGGUGGGUAACUCUUUGCUGACAGAAAUGUAAUGGGGAAUUUUAAGCUCAGUGAAUACAUGAGAAAGAUGUUUUAUUCAUUCAGUGACACAGGCAGGUUGGAAGAAAGAAUCUGAGUACUCCCAAUAGCAGUCAAGCCAAUGACCUUCUUGUCACUAGUUCAGAUGCCCUACCACUGAGCUACAGGAUACUCGUUGGAGCUAAGGCCGUUAAACCAUGUCUGUGUGACAAAAACCCUACAUGCUGCUAGGACUGGAAUGUCAAUAUUUGCUUGUUAUCAGUAACAGAAAUGUGACGUUGAAUUGUAAGGUCUUAACAAAAACAAACUUUCUCGACAAAUCUCAACUACUUGUGAGUCUAGUUCCAUAGAAGAGUCCAAGUUCAACAACGUCACAUGACAUAAACAUGUGAUAAUUGUCACAACGUACAUAAUGUAACGCAACUCUAAAUGUCACUAACAAAUUCCGUGAAAUAUUACAUGAGAGAGGUGUUUUUUCAGUCAAUGACACGGGCAGCAUGGAAGAAAAAUCAGAGUACUCUUAACAGGAGUGAAACCUAUGACCUUCCACCUUAUUGGUACUAAAUUUCGUUGGGCUUUAAUUUGGCAUUUUUCGCAAUUGUAAAAAAAUCGUGAAAUUAAAGACCUGCGGAAAUAAAUCCGUAGGAAAUUAUCUUAAUACCCAUAUAGAAAAUAAAAAAACAGAAUUAACUUGUAAUAGCAACAACAUAGACACUAUAUGUAUGGGCCAAAACAAAUUGUUAACUGGUUUUACUGGUAACCUCAAAUUUGUAUCUUCCCUUUAGAAUUAACAUUAGUUUGCAAAGAUUUCACACAUAAGUUACAAGUUCCUGCUUAUCUGAAGAUUUUUAAAGGUUCAGACUUUAAAAAAAAAGCCUACUUUGCAAAUUUUAAUGCCCUUUUUUUCAUAUUUGCCUGUUAAAAUUGCAAACCUUGCAAAAUACUGUCUUGUCAAAAUGGCUAAAUUAUGUACCAGUGGAAUUAAGUACCAACAAGACGCUACGGAGCGUACACUUCGGCGUCGUGGUUGUGGAACUAAUUAAUUGUAAAUGCGGAGGAAUAGUAAGAAAUCAAAUAUGGUAAGAGUAAGGUGUUAAUUUGUGAAAUUAUGGGAUUUGUCAGGAUANGUCGUGGUUGUGGAACUAAUUAAUUGUAAAUGCGGAGGAAUAGUAAGAAAUCAAAUAUGGUAAGAGUAAGGUGUUAAUUUGUGAAAUUAUGGGAUUUGUCAGGAUAUUCUGAAAAGAGCAACAUCCAAGAAGCCUACUUGCCAAAAACUAGCAUUUCGGGACAAAUUGUCUCCGAGGUAUUAGCCCAGUUAUGCUCUGAUGACUCCAUACAAAUCCUUUUCAAAAAACAAUUCUCUAUUUUUCUUAGUCACAUCAGGCUUCAAAAACAGCAUAGCAGUUUCAUGUCCUGAUUAAAGAUAUGUAAGGCAUGGGUAAGGAGUCAAUUACGUUGAGCAUGGAAUUGGCUAAAACUCAAAGUCACGAGUUCAAAUGUUUUGAGAAUAAUUAUUCGAUCACUGACUAUCAGCACGCAGGGAUGUCGGAUUAACACAAGGAAGUUUAAGACCAAAGGAACAUAGCCUUUACAGAGCUUUAAAACACAGCAUUCACCAACACAAACUUGACUUGAACUUUGAGUAAAGCUAAACAGCCUCUACCAAUAAUAACAAACUCUCACUUGAACUUCAGAUAUCUUACGGCUUCCACGAACUUGUAAACACAGAACCUGAAAAUCGACCUUCGUCACACUUGACAAAACACAGCAGUCCAGCUCGUGGAAAAAAACUUAGAUCGUCAAAAGAACUCGCUGGGAACUUGCAUACCGUUUGACAUAAGGCUCUAGAAAAUACUAAACAGGCGAAUAGUAGUAGCUUUUCGACAUAUUUUAUGAUUUCAGUAACUGAUACAAAUCUGCUGACUCAUGCUGAAAUGCAAACAUGGCCUAAUUAAUUAUUCAUGUAUAAUCCAAAAGCGUAGAGAACGUUCAAGAAAGUCACGUAACGCAUGAAAGCAAUUUUACUACGUAACACUCAACAAAGACAAAAUGUCUUUGUGCAGCAUUUUGUAACUUUAAAUUCAUCAUAAAACAGUUCGAAAGGAGGGCUCACUCGUGAAAUGUUUUUCAACACAAACACAGCAGUCCAGCUCGUGGGAAAAAACUUAGUUCGUCAAAAGAACUCGCUUGGAACUUGUAUACCGUUUGACAUAAGGUUCUAGAAAAUACUAAACAAGCGAAUAGUAGUAGCUUUUCGACAUAUUUUAUGAUUCCAGUUACAGAUGCUGAAAUGUAAACAUGCCCUAAUUAAUUAUUCAUGAAUAAUCCAAAAACGUAGAGAACGUUCUAGAAGGUCACGCAACGCAUGAAAGCAAUUUUACUACGUAACACUCAGCAAAGGCAAAAUGUCUUUGUGCGACAUUUUGUAACUUUAAAUUCAUCAUAAAACAUUUCGAAAGGAGGGCUCACUCGUGAAAUGUUUUUCAACACUCGAAGAGAAAUUUCGUGUCUCUGCGCGGCCACGAAAUAUCCUCUGUUUAUUCCUCGAGUAAUUAAAGACUAAACUCGAAGUGAUCUCAAGAUAUCACGAAGUAGUCCGGUCUUGUUUCGUGAAAUAGUUGAAACAAGCCGAAAAGUCACGAAAUUGCACGCCCAAUCUUGUCCCGAGACUAGUGCAUCAUUUCAUAACUAUUUUUCAUAUCCCAAGCUACCUUGGGUCGCAGUAGCGCAAUCGGCUAAUCCCUCAACUUAGAGUCUCCUCUGAUCUGAUGGGUCACACAGGUGAGUCGGUUAAAACCCCGGGAAAGCCAAAACAAUAUUUCUUUCUUCCUCGAAAAAGUUAAAGAAUAAAUCAAAGAAAUCGAAGUGAUCUCGAGAUAUCUCGAACUAAUUCAGCUCUCACUUCGUCAAAUAGCCGAAUAGAACCGAAAACCUACAGACUUUACAUGCCCAAUCUUGUCAAAAAAUUGUAACUUUGAUACAUUCCUGAGCGUCGCGAAUCCUUUACUUCGCGCUCCGCCGAAGUAAUAAGGUGAUUACUAGUCCAGAUGCUCCACCACUGAGCUACAGGAGACUUUGUGCGCUUUUGAAAAGUCAGAACUGGCUGGCCAGACCAUGGCUGGACCAGUCAUUUUGACAAAGCAGUACGCUUUUUCCAAGAGUGUUUGCUGAAAAAUCAUCUCCUUCGUGCAUACUAUUUAGGAUUUGACAUAUCUGGCUGGAUAGUUUUGAUUAAAAGUGAAAGUCUCUUUACGACAGGAAUGGUCUGGCUGGUCAGUUCUGACAAAUGGAAAGCAUCCUUAGAUGUUCAAAUCUUAUUCAGUCACAGGCUGAAAUUCUAGUUGCCAGCUCUCAGUAAUAUUUUUAGGCACACUGGCAACCAGCUGGUUGCAAUUUCGGACCCUGACAAAUUACUUUGUGUCCUAUAUAUAACCCUAUGAUUAAGUAACAUGUUUAUACUAAAUUAUUGCAGGUUUUACCAAUGGCACACCGUGGCUGGAAGUCAAUUCAGACUACAAGACUGUUAAUGUGAAGACAGAGAAGGCCGAUCCUAAAUCAUUCUACAGCAAUUAUGUCAAGCUGGUAAACCUGAGGAAGAAACCUGCCUUUGCCAGUGAUGAUAUCAAAAUCGUUCACAUAGAUAAACAUGUGCUCUCUUAUACCCGUGGUAGCGACGCUGACCAGUACCAUGUUGCCAUCAACUUCGGAAAGGCCAUGUGGACAGGUGAUUUUGAACGUCUUUCUGGGAGAGGCAUGGUUGUUUUUGAUAGCGAAGGUGAGCAAGAAAACUCUCAAGUGGAUGUUAACAGAAUCAAGCUCAAUGUUGGUCAGGUUCUCAUCGUGAGUAGAGGCAGUGAAAAGUGGCAUGAAAAGUAACAACUGGAAGAGACAAACAUUGUACCCUAGUAUAAUAGAAUUUCAUUUGAACUUGUUAGACUAAAAUCCAUCACAUUACCUCCUGCAUAUUUAUGAAUUUCAUGCUUAAUUAGGUGCCUUUGAAAUUUAUAAAUAACAGCCAGCAGUCACAACUGCAACUCUGGAGCUAUUCAGUGCUAUGAAGUGGCUGUAAACAAAUUUCAUGGCUCAUUCUCUUUUUAUUUUGCUUUGUUUUUUCAUCGUUCUUGUUGAUGGCCAGUGUCAUGUAAUUUAAAC